UGGCGGCGAGAAAUGGAUCCUCGCGCCGGAACACUGGUUUCUGACCCCCACUAAGUGUCCCAACCCACCACCAUCCCAACUCACGCUGGAAGCCGUGCAUAUCGUGGAAGGCAUGCCCUCAACAUUCGGCCCGGUGUUGAAACCCCAUAGCACUGUGGAUGAUAGCAGCAGCUUCAUCUAUCCGCGAAAUGGCAAGCCCGCCGCCACAUGGCCCUCCUUUGCCAUAUCUUUGUCACCUCGCCAUGACGUUAGUCGCGUGAGCUCAAUGACACCAAAAACAGCAACUCCGAAUGGGAUGUUUGUGCGACCCAACCUCGAGGCUCGGGUAUAUUAUCACGCCGUGAUUAUCGGGAAGACGGGAUGCCUUGAUAUCAUGAAGUUUCGAGUUCUAAAGUCCCUCAAACACACCGACCCCCCUGGUUCUUGACCCCCGAAGUUUUCAACAUCUUCUUCAGCCUCAUCAACAUUUCGAUAACUGCUCGCAUAUCGCCAUUCAAAAUGAAGGCUGUUCUCCCUGCGAGACUCCCACCGGCAACAUGCCGUGUACGACUUUCUACCCCGCACCUCCGCUCAUGUAGGCAACCAUCACGGUACCAGACGCGGGGGGUCGUCUCCAUGGCGUCCAUGAGCCCCAAGAAACGGGAAGGAGACAUCUCAGAUGCUUUUGCCUCCAUGUCUGGCAAGGCCCCAGAGCCUCUUCCAGAUCGUUAUCGCCAACUCAAACUCAGACUGGUCCAAGGCCAUGAGGAGGCAGUCAUCGCCAGCUGGAAGCGGCUCCUCAGCGUCCUGCAGCGUGAGAACGAGGUAAUCGCACAACGUGGUCCGUCUAUCGUGCCCGAGAUACGCUUCAGCCAUCUCGAAGAAGACCUCGCAGCCUCGAAACCAGAGCUCAAGAAACGAGGUGUAGCUGUCAUAAAAGGUGUGAUACCCGAGGAUGAAGCCAGGGCGUACAAGUACGAAAUUGAGGAAUAUGUCCGCCAAAAUCCACAUACCAAAGGCUUCCCCUCAGACCAUCCCCAAGUCCUCGAGCUGUACUGGUCCAGCACCCAAGCCCGCGCCAGAUUCCACCCCUCCCUCCUCAAGGCGCAAACCACCCUCAUGUCCUCCCUCUGGCACGCCUCUAGUCCAAGCACACCCAUCUCCCUAUCCACCCCUCUCUGCUACGCCGACCGCCUCCGCAUACGCCAACCAGGCGACGCCCAAUUCGCCCUGGGUCCCCACCAAGACGGCGGCAGCGUCGAACGUUGGGAGGAAAACGGCUAUGGCCUCGGCGGUAUCUACAACCCCAUCUUCCGCGGUGACUGGGAGAACUACGACCCCUUUGAUGCCAGCGGCAGACUGAACGCCGUGACAAACUUGUACGAUGGCCUCGGAGCGUGCAGUAUGUUCCGGACAUUUCAGGGAUGGCUCUCCAUGAGCAAGUCAGGGCCUGGAGAAGGGACAAUGCUUGUCAACCCUCUAGUGAGGGAAACAGCUGUGUACACUUUGCUAAGGCCAUUCUUCAGGGAUAUCAAGACACUAAACCAGCUUGGCGGUGACAAGAGGAGGCAUCUGGAGGUAGACAACUGGGAGUUUACUGGCGGAGAAAAGAUGACCAGUGAUUUGCAAGGUGCGUCUCCGGGACAUGGCCAGGAGUUCCCGGAGGGGUUACACCCGCAUUUGGAGCUGGAGAGGACGAUGGUGCAUGUUCCUGAGGUAAGGCCGGGGGAUUAUGUUGUUUGGCAUUGUGACACAAUCCACGCCGUUGACAAAACCCACAACGGCCACGGCGACUCAAGCGUCAUGUACAUCCCCAUCUGCCCCACCACCGAAACAAGCGCACAAUAUGUCGCCCGCCAAAGAGCCGCCUUUCUCGAGGGUACUCCGGCCCCUGACUUCCCCGGCGGUGAAGGCGAGUCCCGUCACAUCGGCCGGCCGACUGAAGAUUAUGUCAUGAGGUUUUGUGAUCCAGUGGGAGUUCAAUCACUGGGAUUAGACAAGCUGGUUGCCUUGGAGGGGGAUACCCCCGGUGGAAAGGAAGCCGUUAGAUUAGCUAACCAAGCGCUGGGAUUUAUUUGAGCUGUUAUUCUCAUCAAUAUUAAUGAAUUCAUUACCUCUUUGCC